AUGCUAAUGGUGCCGAUAAGCCGAGAAGCCAAAAUCUGGAAACAAAUCAAAUAUGUUCUAUGCCCUACUGGAAACAACACAACCCUUGAAGCUUUUGGAAGCAUCAUAGCCAAAAGUGUUUCGUCUGGAUUAAUCAGCUUCAAUGCAUUGGAAUUUUUCAUGCGUGACGAGUUCAUCAAUAAAUACUUGACAAAUCCGGGCACAAUUUUGCAGGCAAUGUAUAUAGGACCGUUGAAAGCUGCAACUGUUGAAACAUUUGCGACGAAUCGUUCAUCGGAAUUCCGGCAGCAAUGUCGCGAAAUUCUGCGUGUCGCAAUCGAUGCCGCUCGAGAUCCGCUGGUGUUCAGUCUCCGCGAUCCCGUCAAUAUCGCCCAAAGCCAUCCGGACCGUUUAUCAUAUCAGGAAUUCGCCGCCAACACCCAUCAGCUAAUACGGGACUUGAAAGGAUAUUGCGGCGAGACUGCAAUUCAUCCGGGAUGGGCGUGCGCGGCUCUCAAAAAGUUCGGCCAUAAGAGAUACGUUGAAAAGACAUGGAAGGACGAAAAUUUUUACGAUUUGAUUUGGACAGUUUUAGCGCAGCGACCAAAUCUCAAAAGUUUUGUUUGUAAAUUGUUGGAAUCGCAAUACAAUGACCACAACGCGGCGAAAUUUUGGCGUCGAAUGCAGCCGAAUCAAAUGUUGAAGAAUCACAUUCAGAACUCUAACGUGAUCACAGAGGACCCAUUAAAACCGACUAGCGAAUUCUUGAAUUUUCCCGGCACGGUGAAAGCAAUUCGAAUGAUUUCGACGAAUGACGAAAUUGUCAAACUCGAAAAAACGAUGAGGACCUGCUUGAAAGUUGACAAAAGCCUGACGGUUGGUCUCGACGCGGAAUGGAGUGCCUAUGUUUCGCCUAGUAGAGCUACCAUUCUACAAAUGGCGAUGCGUGAAAUGGUCUACAUCAUCGAUCUUGAAUCCAAAUCAAUUUCUGACGAGCACUAUGAUCGUUUCAUGACGUUUCUGUUCCGAACCGAGGAGAUCCUCAAAAUCGGAUUUCAAUUCGGCGAAGACCUCCAUCAAUUGCGCGCCACAUUCCGAUGUUGCCUAGCGCUCUAUCGACCGCUCAAUGUGAUUUGUGUGGGAAGAAUAAUAUCGGACCUUUUGGAUCGAAUUGACAAUAGUCCCGACAACGAAAUACUCAAAAAGGAGUUUCUCCCGACAUUGAAUGACGAGCCGUUGAAAGAAUCGCUAGCGGAUAGUAGUCUUGGUAGAAAUUUUCGGUUUGACAUUCCAAAAGUUGACACAAUACAAUCGAAGUUCCUCAAUAAAGGUCUUUCAUUCAUCUGCGAAAAACUUUUGGGACGACCAUUGGAUAAAACCGAGCAGUGUUCCGUUUGGGAUAGGCGGCCUUUAAGGAAUUUACAGUUACGCUACGCUGCUAUGGAUGCCUACUCAAUGCUGCUAUUGCUGGACAAAUGCACGGAAAUUUGCAAACGAAUGGGAUUGCACAUCGAGGAAAUAAUGAAAAAUCAAUCGCCAAUUGUUGUUUCAUUUCCCUUGUUGAGCGAGCAUCCGCUGUAA